AUGCGCCUCGCCUGGACCGCGCUCCUGCUCGGCCCGCUGCAGCUCUUCCCGCUCCUGCGCUGCGCCCCGCCGGCCGUCGGCCAGCAGCAGCCUCCGCGCGAGUCGCCUGCAGCUCCGGGCGCCUGGCGCCAGAGGAUCCAAUGGGAGAACAACGGGCAGGUGUUCAGCCUAUUGAGCCUGGGCUCGCAGUACCAACCGCAGCGUCGCCGGGACCCGGGCGCCGCCGCCCAGCAGCAACGUACGCCGGUCCUGCUGCUCCGGAACAACCGCACGACGGCAGCGCGGGCGCAGGCGGCUGGCUCAUCCGCAACCACCGCCGCCCGCCCCAGACCCGCCACGCGCCACUGGUUCCAGCCUGGCUACUCGCCGUCCGGAGCCCGCGGCGCUGGAGGCUCGCGCACCGGCAACGGGACCGCGCCAGGAGAGCGCCCGGUGCUCAGUAACCUGCGGCCGCCCAGCCGCGUAGACGGCAUGGUGGGAGAUGAUCCAUUUGCCCCCUACAAGUACUCCGACGACAAUCCUUACUACAACUACUACGACACGUACGAAAGGCCACGGCCCGGGGGGAGGUACCGGCCUGGGUAUGGUACAGGCUACUUCCAAUAUGGUCUCCCAGACCUGGUGCCUGACCCCUACUAUAUCCAGGCGUCCACCUACGUGCAGAAGAUGGCCAUGUACAAUCUGAGAUGCGCUGCUGAAGAAAACUGUCUGGCCAGUUCAGCAUAUAGGGCAGAUGUCAGAGAUUAUGAUCACCGAGUGCUGCUAAGAUUUCCCCAAAGAGUGAAAAACCAAGGGACAUCUGAUUUCUUGCCAAGUCGACCAAGAUAUUCCUGGGAAUGGCAUAGCUGUCACCAACAUUACCACAGCAUGGAUGAAUUCAGCCACUAUGACCUGCUUGAUGCCAGCACCCAGAGAAGAGUGGCUGAGGGCCACAAAGCCAGCUUCUGUCUGGAGGACACUUCCUGUGACUAUGGCUACCACCGGCGAUUUGCCUGUACAGCACACACGCAGGGGUUGAGCCCUGGCUGUUAUGAUACUUACAAUGCAGACAUAGACUGCCAGUGGAUUGAUAUAACAGAUGUACAACCUGGAAACUAUAUUCUCAAGGUCAGUGUGAACCCCAGCUACCUGGUGCCUGAGUCAGACUACUCCAACAAUGUUGUGCGCUGUGAAAUACGCUAUACAGGACACCAUGCCUAUGCCUCGGGCUGCACAAUUUCACCGUAA